GGGGCGCGUGCGCGACGCCAAGUGCGUCCACUUAAAUAUCACGACACCGCCUGCGCCGGCUCAGUCUCAGUUCAGUCGAGUUAACACACGGUCUAAUAAUGGUGAGAAGCAGUUUAAGCGGAGAUAAUUGUGGGUACUGCAGUGCGUGCGUGCGGCUGCGGCUGUGUGCGGCGCGCGGGAGGAGCCCGGAGCCGGUGCAGUGCGCGUACCGGCACAUCCUGGAGUCGUACGGCGGCGGGGAGCGGGCGCGCGCGCCGGAGCCCCCGCGCGGCGGCUGCGCGUCCUGCCGCUGGACCUCCGACGCUCAGUUCCCGGAGACGCCGCCCUCGUCCUGCGACCUGAGCCUGGAGUGGAGCUCGCGCUCGUCCACGCGAUCGCGCACGCGCCGCCGCAAGAGGUAGUCCCCGCGGAGCCUCCCCGGUCCCAGUCUACUCGCCCGAGGGCGUCCCACGCCGCGCCGCGCUGGCCCCGAGCCACGAGUCAGCCCAGUGUCGCCGCGCCACACGCAUAUUUUCUUGUGUAAACGAAAAUAUUGUUGGUACACAUCAAUAAAGUUGGUCUUUAACAUGA